GUAGCAGGAUCCCUUUUGUCCCUGGUUGAGCGAUUUGGGAAGGCAUAUUUCAGACAGCGAGCUUAAUGACUGGUGGUUGAAGAAAGCUGGUGGAAGGGGGCAGAGGCUACUAGAAACCAUAGCAGAGAAACAGGCUUGAUGAAGGAUGGCCAAGAUGCUGCCCUACCGCUGAGAGAAAGGGAAGGGACUCCUUAUUUGGGGCUAUCUGAGGUGACUAUCCAACCGCCCUCCUCCCCUCCUCCUCCUAAUUUCCAAUUAGGUCAACUGGCUGACCACGCAGAACAGGAAGAACGGCCACAGCAGCUUGCCCAGUGAACGCAGCACCUCUGCUCUAUUUCUUACUGCUGACUGGGUCUCCAAAGACACCUAAAGGUCCAACGCAGGAUCUUCGGUUAACAUUUCAAGGAGGGGGCGUUGGUUUUCUCCUCUGUAACACCAGGGGUUGGGCUACUUUCGUGGUAUUUUUUUUGUUCUGGGAUAACAUGACAACGGGAAUUUCUUGGAUAUUGCCAAAGAUAAUUCAUGAAAACCUGUUUGGUGGCUGUUUAUCUUUAAGCUUUCUAGGCAAGCGAUACCGCCUCCCAGCUACUCUAAGAUAAGUAGAUAGGUCUUUACAAGUCUGUAAGAACAACAGAUAAGGAGACCCGAGGCAGGUCGCCUUUGCUCCAAGCAAGGCUUGUCCUUGGCAAGUUUGGGUGGGUCUUGGGGUCAGCUACUUAGGAAAGUAGCCACCUUUGUUUCAGGCAACUGAGGGCAGCAGGAAAAGCAGCUGACGCCUCCCGCGCCAUGACUAGUACUGGCACACUCGGUCGGCGUCUAGAGCGCCGCUUCCACGGCCCUAUUUGCGGUUCCCGUCGGCUCCAGUUCAAAAUCGGUGCUUCCGGGGUUCCUCCGAACUCUCCUUUUCUCUACUCUCCAAAGUUUGAGAAGGCCGAAGGCGAAAAGAGGACCCGGAAGUAGGGAGCAACCUUCCGAGCACGUGAUGGGAGAUCCAGGGGUAAUGUCACGUGACCUGACAAUCUGCUAUUCUACCUUGCGGCGAGCUCAGCUGCUCUUAAAGACAGCGGGACCUGGGACUGUCCACGGAGCUUUGAUCCCUCGCACCCACCUGUCCCAGACUUUCAUCUGUUCUCUUGAAGCGAACCCCGAACACACGCUGACUUUGGGCCCUUUGGGGAGCCCUAAGUCAAUGCUAUGGGAAGCUCUGCGGGCUCGUGGAGGCGCCUUGAGGAUUCCGAGAGGGAGGAGACCGACCCAGAGCCCCGGGCCCCUCCGUUGGAUAGUCCGAGUGCCCACUGGAAAAAUGCAGUGGGCUUCUGGAUCCUGGGUCUUUGCAAUAAUUUCUCAUACGUGGUCAUGCUGAGUGCCGCCCAUGACAUCCUGAAGCAGGAGCAGGAGUCUGGAAACCAGAGCCACGUGGAGCCAGGCCCAACACCCGUGCCCCACAACAGCUCCUCUCGAUUUGAUUGCAACUCAAUCUCCACAGCCGCAGUGCUCCUGGCAGACAUCCUUCCCACCCUCAUCAUCAAACUCCUGGCUCCUCUUGGCCUUCAUUUGCUGCCCUACAGCCCCCGGGUGCUUGUCAGUGGAGUUUGUUCUGCUGGAAGCUUUAUCCUUGUUGCCUUUUCUCAGUCAGUGGGGUUAAGCCUAUGUGGAGUGGUUUUGGCCAGCAUCUCAUCAGGUCUAGGAGAGGUCACCUUCCUCUCACUCACAGCCUUCUACCCCAGUGCCGUGAUCUCCUGGUGGUCCUCGGGGACUGGGGGUGCAGGGCUCCUUGGAUCACUGUCUUACCUGGGACUCACCCAGGCAGGCCUCUCCCCACAGCACACCUUGCUGUCUAUGUUGGGGAUCCCUGUUCUGCUGCUAGGCAGCUAUUUCUUGUUGCUCACAUCUCCUGAACCCCAGGACCCUGGAGGGAUAGAUGAGGCAGAGACCGCUGCCCGGCAGCCUCUCAUCGGCACUGAGACCCCACAGUCAAAGUCAGGUUCCAGCUGGGACCUCUCCCUCCAGGAAAGGUGGACAGUGUUCAAGGGCCUCUUGCGAUACAUCAUCCCCCUGGUGCUAGUCUACUUUGCGGAAUAUUUUAUCAACCAGGGGCUUUUUGAACUCCUGUUUUUCCGGAACACAUCCCUAAGUCACGCGCAGCAGUACCGAUGGUACCAGAUGCUGUACCAGGCCGGCGUGUUCGCCUCCCGCUCUUCUCUCCAGUGCUGUCGAAUCCGCUUCACCUGGGUCCUGGCCCUGCUGCAGUGCCUCAACCUGGCCUUCCUGCUGGCAGAUGUGUGUUUGAGCUUCCUGCCCAGCAUCUACCUCAUCUUCGUCCUCAUUGUAUAUGAAGGGCUCCUGGGCGGGGCUGCCUAUGUGAACACCUUCCACAACAUUGCUCUGGAGACCAGUGACAAGCACCGAGAGUUUGCCAUGGAAGCUGCCUGUGUUUCUGACACCUUGGGAAUCUCCAUAUCAGGGGUCCUGGCCUUGCCACUUCAUGACUUCCUCUGCCAUCUCCCUUGACGUGGGUUGCUCCUCACACCCUGACCUGCCCAUGAGCAGGUGGCACAUCUGCGAGCUCUGCCACAGGCCUUCCCUGCCAGGCUAGGGAGUGGGCAGAGCCACGGUCCUGCCCCGCCUCACAAGGAGCCCCCAUUGUUUCCCACCCCCGAGCUGGUCUCGGGGAGUUUUCUCCCAGCCUUUAGCCCUUCUAAUAAAUGCUUAUUUUAUCGA